AAUCAUUAAUCUUGCACCGAUCACAUGUUCUCCACGAUAACCACCACUACCUUUUGAAUUCCACAUCUCUUUCUCUUCUUUCCUUAUUUCCAGAUUCCCACUCCCAUUUUCUCCAUCUUCACGCAUUUAAGGAGGAGCUUCACAACACCUGCGCUGCUCCUUUUUCACUACCCAUAAUGGAUAAUGGCGUUUGCCCGAGUUUGUUUCCACUGCAUCGCAGCAAAACCAUCCACCUGGUUGGUAAUUCUUAUUUGAUACUUAAAAGUUUCUAACUGCGUCCAGGGAAUAUUUGAAUAUGCUGCAUCUGUGGUUUGAAGGGCACAUAACAAGGUGAGGCAUGCUCAGGGAAUCCACAAUGUAGUUGGAGAUAAGAACUACAAAGCUUAUAUGUCUCCGGAAUAUUUUGAUGCUCACCUAACUCAGUUAGGCUGGCAACAGGUUGACAACCUACGUAAACAUGUCCAUUCAAGUGGCCUCAUAAAGAACAUUGAUUUGGUCAUUACGUCUCCAUUAUUAAGGACCAUCCAAACAGCUGUUGGGGUAUUUGGUGGUGAGGCCUAUUCCGGCAAGAUGGAUAAUUUACCACUAAUGGUGACAAAUGCUGGAAAUAGUGAUCGGUCUGCUAUUUCAAGUCUUGAUUGCCCACGUAUUGUUGCAGUUGAACUCUGUCGAGAACAUCUGGGUGUUCAUCCUUGUGAUAAGAGGAGAAGCAUUAGUGAAUAUCAGUCCCUGUUUCCAGCUGUUGAUUUUUCACUGAUAGAGAGUGAUGAUGAUGUAUUAUGGAAGGCUGAUGUCAGAGAGACCAAGGAUGAGGUUGCAGCUAGAGGAAUGAACUUCAUGAACUGGUUGUUCACACGGAAAGAAAAGGAGAUAGCAAUAGUUACACACAAUGGGUUCGUAUUUCACACACUGGCAGCGUUUGGUAACGACUUUCACCCUCGUGUGAAGAAAGAAAUCUCUCGUCAUUUUUCCAACUGCGAGCUUCGUUCCAUGGUUAUCCUUGACAGAGGUAUGGUUGGAUCGCAUUGUUCAUCAACCAACUUUCCUGGAAAGAUUCCAACCGGACUGGAUUCGCCUAGUGAUGUCGCUGCUGAUAGCAAGAAGCAAGAGGAGUGACCAAACUCGCUGGCAUUGAUUGAGAAUGUCUUAACUGAUGGAUGAGGCGGUCGAGACUAAUUAAGCACACGAUGUUUCAGUAAGUGGACAUUCAUAGAAAUAUGGCGCCUUAUCUAAUUAUUUUCUUUGAAUAUUCAGUGUCAUGUAUGGCAUGAGUCACAUGACUGAGUUUCUUCACCAUCACAAUUCACAUCUAUUAUUUGCCCACAAUGUGGUGAAUUUGUGGUUGAAUGAUUGACAAGCCUUGUGCUUAUAUUCAUGCAAA